CUGCAAGUAUACAAAUUUCGUAAAACCCAUGAUGUUCCUCUUAUACAUAUAACACAGCCCGUGUUAGAAUCGAAGAAAGUUUCUAACUUUUCCCAGAUUUUGUAGUGAGAGAGAGGAAAGAUUUUGCGCUUCCAUGGUGGAGAUGGAUCGGAUUGUCCUAGCUGCUGUGUCCUUAGCACUGUUUGCCUCGUCGGCAUUCUUACCGGUCUCCGAGUGCGCGAAGAAACCAGAGACAGGACCGAGAAAGGAGGAUGUUCCAUACAUCAAAUGUCAGGUCUGUGAGAAACUUUCCUUGCAGCUGCUCCAGCAAGUGAAGAAGAAGCAAGAACAGAUCUCGCCGAAGAAGAUCUCGGAGUACCAGAUCAUUGAGAUUGCAGAAAAUGUCUGCAACUUGAAGAAAGAGGAAGCUGACUGGAUUCUGAAGAUUGAUUUAGUUGAGAAAGGAGAUAGGCUUGAGAUGGUCGAACAAGAUGCAGAAGGGCUUUGCAAUUCUGAGUGCAAGACCAUUGAGAAUGCUUGUCAACAGGUUAUUGGUUACACAGACACUGAUGUUGCAGAAUAUAUAUACAAAUCCAAGCCAGAGCUCGAUUCUCUGGUGAAUUACCUUUGUAAAGACCUCACUGAUGCUUGCAGCAAGAACCCUCCUCCGCUUCCCAAGGACCGGGUUCCUGGAGAAGCUUUUAAACCAAAACCAACAAAAGAAGCUGAAAUGGACAAGAUCAUGAGAUCCAUGGAGGGCAUUCCCGGGGCACCCGGUAUGAAGGUAUUCUCAAGAGAAGACCUUGAGAAAUACAAGAAUAACCCAGAGAGACUGGAAGAUGAGGAUGAUGAUGACGACGAUGACGAAGAAGACAACUUCCCCAAGAACUUGGGAAAGGCUUUGAGGGAGAAAGAGAGUAAAAAGGAAGGCUGGAAAAAGAAGAUCACCAAGGAAAUCAAGAACACGGGUGAGGCUGUGAAGAGGCAUGCCUUGAAGGUCUCCAACCGGGUAAAAAGAUGGUGGAGAAAACUUAGAUCUUCUUCUUCUUCCAAGAAACGCAAGUCUGAGUUGUAGAGACAUCCUUUUUUGUUUACCUUUGUGCUGUUUCACUGUACUCUUCUUAACUCUGGUCUAUACAUAGAGCUUUUACUUUGGCAGAAGUUGUGGGAGAAGGGAAACA